GCCCAUACCGGCAACGCCGCACGGCACGGCAUUCCGUCGUCGUCGUCGCGGCGCAGUGUGCGACACCCGCGCGACCAAACACACCCAAUGUUUGUGUUUUCGAAUUUCCUCGUGAUAAGUGCGUUCAUCGUCGUCAACGCGAAGUGAGUGCAACGCGCCGGCAACAACGACACCUGACACGCCGCCGUGGCAUGUAUAGUUUUUAUCGCCAGGAUCUUUACGUCGUCGGUGUCUAAUUGUCGGAUUCCCGAGAUGUGGACGACGACGAAAACCACAAAGUACGGCGUCGCUGUGUACAACUGGCGAGGGGACACGCGCUAUGGACUGGCCUUGGAAAUCGGAGAAACCGUGCAAAUUCUGGAGGAGUGCGCGGGUCAAGGGAAGCGAUGAGCUCAUCAGGAAACGCGAUGAUACAGCAUCCUGAGAGCUGGGCGAACUAUUGGGAAUGAUGUCGACGGAGGGGGAAAAAAUUAAAGAGACACACACACGAAACGUUCUAUAAUUCAAAGAUAAAUCAUUUGAUAGAUCUUUGAUCUCGAUUUUACUGACAGUGAGUGAGGAUUUUCGACAAUUCCAGGUUGGUACAGAGGCUUCUCGACGAAGAAUCGCGCGGUGAAGGGGAUCUUUCCAAGCACGUACGUGCACCUGAAGCCCUGCAAGAUCGACAAUGAAGGCCUCUUCGAGUCCGUCAUACCGUUGGAGGAUCCGGUGGUACGGGAAGUCACCCUGGUUCUGCGGGAGUGGGGCAGCAUUUGGAAGAGACUGUAUGUGGAGCGCGAGGAGUAUAAAUUCAACGCGUUGCGCAAAGUGAUGCGAGAGUUGCUGGAAUGGCGGCGGCAACUUUUGGCCGGCACCCUCACCACGGAUCAGACGCGGGAAUUGAAACUGCGAAUAAUCAAUAAGGUGGAUUGGGGGAAUCGAAAGCUCGGUUUGGAUCUGGUGCCACGUCAAGGUGCUCAUAUGGUGGAACCGGAUACCAUGUCCGUCGUGGAAUUAUACCAUGUGCACGUGCAGAGCGCCGAGAACUCGCAGGGCGCGUCCGCUCGGGGAACUUUGCGUCGCAAGGAGCACAAGAAGGUCCUUACCCAUCACUUAUACUUCUGCAUGAGGGACUUCGGUCAUUCGGUCGGCGAGGACACCGAGAUCUACUUUUCCCUGUUCGACGCUAAGCGACAGCAGUAUCUGAGCGAGCGUUUCCUGGUGCGCAUCAGCAAGGAGGGCUUCUCCAACUACGUGGAAAAGAUGCAUAGCAACUGCACCAUCUUCACGGAUUUGGGUAACUCCGAUCUGAGUCGCGAUCUUUACAUGAUCGCACACGUGAUGCGCUGCGGCCGGAUGUUGUAUUCCGAUUCCGGCAAGAAUAAGACCGGAACCGCGAUCUAUCGGCGACCUCACGGGGUGGCGGUGCUUUCCCUGGCAGAGGCCGCGCAGGAUCACGCGGAGGAACUCGAGAUGACCUUCAAAGUGUAUCAAGGGGAAGAGAAGGAAUUUCAUCAGCUGCACGAACAAAUCAUACGCAAUAACAAGUGUUCUCCUCUACCCGGACAGCCCAAUUACGGAAUAGUCGUGUCUCUUCGAAUGCUACACGGAGAACUGUCUCAAGUUCGGGACGAGAACCCGUUACUAUUCAAAAAUAUCUGCCUCACGAAGAAGCUCGGUUUCUCGGACGUCAUUAUGCCGGGCGAUGUGCGUAAUGAUUUAUAUCUUAAACUCGAACGGGGAGAAUUCGAACGCGGCGGAAAGUCUACCGGCAAGAAUAUCGAGGUGACAAUCCUGGUCUUGGAUGCGGACGGUCAACCCUUGGAGGAGUGUCUGUUUGGGGCCGCAGGCAUGGACGGUAGCUCCGAAUAUCAAAGUUUGGUCAUAUACCAUCACAACAGUCCAUCAUGGGCGGAAACUGUAAGACUGGCGAUACCCAUCGACAAAUUCUACGGGAGUCACGUGCGUUUCGAGUUUCGGCAUUGUUCCACGCGCGAGAAGAACGAUAAGAAGCUUUUCGCCUUCGCAUUCGUUCGACUGAUGGAGCCUGGAGGUGCUACUCUUCAGGAUGGUCCGCACGAGUUGUACAUUUACAAAUGCGAGGAGCGCGCGAAAUUGGAUUCGCUGAGUUAUCUGUCAUUGCCGAGCAGCGCGCGAGAACCGAGUGCCUCAGGUCCACCAGCCUUUUCCAGAUCGCCUAAGGAAACUGUGUUUGUGCACACUCUGCUCUGCAGCACUAAAUUGACGCAAAACGUCGAUCUACUCAGUCUGUUGCAAUGGAAAGCGCAUCCUGAACGAAUAUCCGAAGCUCUCGGUCGGGUGCUUCGACUAGACGGCGAAGAACUGGUUAAAUUCUUGCAAGACAUUCUUGAUGCGCUGUUCGCCAUGUUCCAUACCGAGGAUGGCAACUCCACGGCGCACUCCGGCCUCGUGUUCCAAGUACUCGUGUCUAUCUUUAGUCUAUUAGAGGAUUCCAAGUUCGAGCACUUUAAGCCAGUGAUGGACGCCUACAUCUCGGAUCAUUUCGCCGCGGCUUUGGUGUACAAGGGUCUCCUUAGCAGCGUGCAACAUUGUGCCGAUUGGGUCACCGCGGCGGAGAAGCAAGAGCCGAUUAUGAAGUGUUUCCGCUCGCUCGAGUACAUCUUCAAGUUCAUCAUUCAGAGUCGACUAUUGUUCGCUCGUGCUACCGCCGGCCAAUAUGAGGAUAGCUUUAAGCGCGAUCUUUACUGCGUGUUCGCGGCCCUUAAUAAGAUGCUGGGCAUUCCAUAUGAGAUGGUACUCCUGUCGCAGAUCGCACUGCUGUUGUCGAUCGCGGCUGUAUUUGAGCAGUUGGUGGCGGUGCUGCCGGUUCUUGAAGUGGCCAAGCUCACUUGCACGAUGCUGGACUCGGUACCGCGCUCGGAGCCGCCGCUUCAACUCACGCAGGCCAAACUUGUCGCCAUCAAAAAUCUCACGACGUCCAGUUUGUUCCGGAAGGACGAUGAGAGUCGAAACCUCUUGCUUGUUACUGUAUGCCGACAUCUGCGCGUCCAUUUGGCUCGCAGAGAGGAAUUACGGUCCUGUACUGAUAUCUUGGGCGAGAUACUCAGCUUCCUACAUAAGCGCGGCAGAGACACGAACAAGGUCAACAAUUGUAUCCAUCACGACGUUGAAACGCUCUGCCUGUCGGUGCUCGACGUGCUUAUACAGACUAUACUGAUUGUGAUAAACGCCAGCGGACCGGUUCUCGGUUGUCUCGUGGGCUGCCUGAUCGGAUUGCUUCAGUUGCUUGACGAGUAUCAUUACGCGCGACUCUGGGAAGAGCUGACGCAUGGGGCUGGCGAUCGAAAGCCGCUCAAGGAUUUUUUGCUUCGAGCAUUUCUAGUGUUGCGCGAUCUUGUGCGCCAGGAAGUUUUUCCGCCAGACUGGUUGGUCAUUCGGAUGCAAGCCAACAAUGUUAUUCUAAGGUCGCUACAGGAGCUAGCGCAGCCGCUCGCUUUUCGCUUCCUCCACGGCAGCUUUGACUCGCAGCUCUGGUCCACAUACUUCAAUUUGGCGGUAGCGUAUCUUACCCAGCCAUCGCUCCAGCUCGAACAGUUCUCCGAGGUCAAGCGGGAGAAGAUUGUGGAGAAGUAUGGCGAUAUGAGGGUACUCAUGGGCUUCCAGAUACUGUCCAUGUGGUCGCAUCUGGGCGAGCGUAAACUCGAAUUCAUACCGGGCAUGGUCGGACCUUUCUUGGAAGUCACUUUGGUACCGGAGAGUGAACUCCGCAAGGCAACCUUGCAUAUUUUCUUCGACAUGAUGGAGUGCGAGCAGCGAACUCGUGGUAGUUUCAAAUCAGUGGAAUCUGAGCUGAUCGAUAAACUGGACAUUCUUAUCAGCGAGAACAAAGGCGAUGAUGAGUACAGACAGUUGUUCAACACUAUGGAACAUCUUAGUGCCGUAUUAUUGGAUAGAGUGCAGUCGGAGGAUCCGGCUUGGAAGGACAGUGGCACUGCCUUUAUAACAUCCAUCACACGUUUAUUGGAAAGGCUUCUCGAUUACAGAAGCGUCAUUCAGGGUGAUGAAAAUCGUGACAAGCGCAUGUCGUGCACCGUAAAUUUAUUGAAUUUCUACAAGAAUGAGUUCAACCGAAAGGAGAUGUACCUGCGCUACAUCUACAAGCUGCACGAUCUGCAUCUAGCCGCCGAGAAUUACACGGAAGCCGGCUUUACGAUGAAGCUGUAUGCCGAUCAGCUAGGCUGGGGAUCCACCGUUCUGCCGCCGGAUCACGCUCAUCCUCAGCAACCGGAGUGGCAGCGGAAGGAGCUGCUCUAUCACAAGAUCAUUCAUUAUCUCGAUCGUGGCAAGUGUUGGGAAAAGGGUAUCCCUCUGUGCAAGGAACUGGCAAUCCUCUACGAGACCAGGCUGUAUGAUUACGCUAAGCUCAGUCAUGUGCUGAAGCUGCAGGCCAAGUUCCUAGAUAACAUACUGACGCAAUUGCGUCCGGAACCGGAGUACUUCCGCGUCGGAUUUUAUGGCCUCAGCUUCCCGCUCUUCGUUAGAAACAAGUUAUUUAUCUAUCGAGGUUUGGAGUAUGAGCGAAUAGGAGCUUUUACACAGCGAUUGCAGACCGAAUUUCCUUGCGCUCAGAUAUUGAUGAAAAAUUCUCCACCGGACGAGAGUAUCCUGUCAUCUGAGGGUCAAUAUAUCCAAAUUUGUAACGUGAAACCAAUUCCCGAGGAAGGCAGUCUAGCUUGCAGCGGCGCCGAAGUUCCAGAACGCAUAGUCGCUUUUUAUCUCGUGAACGAUGUACGUAAAUUCACAUUCGAUCGACCGCUGCACCGCGGUCCAGUGGACCGUGAGAACGAGUUCAAGUCGCUAUGGAUCGAGAGGACGACGCUGACGACGGAGGCGAAGUUGCCGGGGAUUCUUAGAUGGUUCGAGGUGAUCGAGAAACGAUCGGAGCUGAUGGCGCCGGUGCAGUACGCCUGUGAGACCAUGCAGAGUGUGGAGAGAGAAUUAAGGCGACUGGUGGCGCAAUAUACCGCCGAGCCGCAUAGGAAUAUUAAUCCAUUCAGCAUGCGGCUGCAGGGUAUCAUCGAUGCUAAUGUAAUGGGUGGCAUCACCAAAUAUCAGGAGGCCUUUCUCACGCCGGAAUUUGCACGACAAAAUCCCGAGAUGGUGCCGCACGUUAACAGACUCAAGGGAUUGAUCUUGGAUCAAAUGAGUGUGCUCGAGUCUGGUCUAGUGUUGCAUGGUCAGAUCGCGCCAGCCGGUGUACAGCCGCUGCACAAGAGAUUAAUCGAGAGGUUCACGCAACUCAAACAAGGCCUCGGUCCGUUAGCCAGGCAAAGGACUAUUCAUCAAGAUAGUAUCGUCAAUUCGCCACUACCACCCCUGCCGAUUAACGAUAAGCAGCGUCCAGCUACCUUGGAGACUGCCGGCUCCAGGACAUCGCAUGCUGACAGCGAUGGUCUUCCGGAGGACGAGGGCUUUUACACUAAGGUGGAUGGCGUGCCGCCACCUAUUCCACAGCGGGAAGUUCGACCGCGUUCCGUCGGCUAUGGUACAACACCGCCAAGACCUACGCAUCAGAGGUCUCUCAGUAAACCUUUGAGUCCGAAACUGCCACUGAGACAUUCUUUGCCCACUCCCACUGACGGCGCGGAUCAAGGUGGCCUUAGAAGCUCUUGGAGCGAACCUGGUCCCGAACCCGCUCCACCAUUACCACCCAGAGGUUGCACGCUUUCUAUUUCAGCGCCAGACAAGAGAGACUCGAACCCGAAUGCUACGGUACCACCGGCGCCACCGAAACGCGGAUUAGCGUAUAAACGCACAAACACAGAGUGGAGUACGGACGAUGAUUCCGAAAUCACGGAAUCGAGAAACGAAUCGAAUGAUCUGCGUGAUAGCGGCAUCUCCACCGCCAGUCUACUAGAUUUUCAAUCGCAUCUGACGAAUCUGAAUAAUCUCGGUUACGAGGAUUUUGAGCCGCGUUCCCGAUCCAACGACAUUAUGAAUAUCUCCCCGCCGUCUGUAAUAAGCGCGUUCAACGUCUCCACCGGCAGCUUCGCCAGCGGCACAUUCCAGGGCUCGCAUUCUCUUCCCGGGCAAGAGAUGAGCCCUCCACCUAUACCUCCCAAGGCCCACCAGGACACUCCAUCGGCUCCCUCGACUUUGGAAAGAGUGUCCAACAGAAUGCAGAGUCACGGUCACUCGGAGAACUAUUCCGUGCCGAAGAUGCAGACGCUCUCCGUGGCAUCCGACACGGAGAGCACUGUGUAGCGAUGAUAUAUAUUGCUAGUCCAUAGCGAUUAUUUAGUCCCUAGUGAUGUACAUGUGCCAUCAUGCGCGAAUUCUGUAUCCGAUUUGUCCCUCGAGUCGUUGGACAGAUUUUCUUAGACAGUAAUUUAAGAUAAAUAUCAUUGUGUCGUCGUCAUCGUCGUGUUUUUAACGGGUAAAACGUGGAGAGACUCUCUCAUUGAGCUCUUUGAUAUCUGUACAUCAGUAGCCCGGUACGUAGCCAAUAACGAAUCGUAAAUGAAAUCGUCAGACAAAUCAAAUCAUCUUCCAAAUGAAACUAAACUCGUAUCCGCGUAUAUUCGUACCUUAAAGAGAUAACUAGAAGGAAAUAAAAGCGUGUAAUAAUUGCUCUUGAACACCGAGAACGUCCAGCAAGAAGUUUCUCGACGAGGAAACUUUCGACAUCUGGACGUGAUCGGCGAUCGAACCGCGACAUAUACGUAUUUAUUAAUUUUACUUUAAAUAUCGCUCUUCCGAAUAUAUCGAUCCGCACACUGAACUAUAUAUAUUUUGUAAGUUAUUUAUAUUUUCGAUGAGAAAAAAUAAAGAUAAUUUUUAAAUCAACGAUAA